UGAAAUGCAGCUAGCGGAGUAAGCGGACUCCAGUAUUAGUACAACCAUGAUUACUAACAUGGCUAGCUGAGUUUUACCCUACUCUCCUGCAACAUCCAUAGUGACAUUAUUAUAAUGGCUACCACGUCUCAAGAGAAAUCCUCCGGCUAUUGUAUGCUGUACCAUGGAACGAGAGACGACGUAGCGGAGCUGGUCUGCACGAAAACGCAACUGCCGAGCGCACUGGACGAUGGCGAAGUCCUGGGAAAGGUGCUAUUGGCGACUAUCUGCGGGUCGGACCUGCACACCCUGAGCGGCGCACGACAAGAAGCAAUUCCAAGUGUCCUUGGUCACGAGGCAGUGGUUGAGAUAGUCCAGACCAGCAAUGCACAAUUCACGGUAGGCCAGCGAGUGACAUUCAGCGUGGCGGAUACUUGCGGAUCAUGCAGGUUCUGCACCGGCAGCCUUGCUCAGAAAUGCCCAUCACUGAAAAAGUAUGGUCACAUGCAGUACACAGAGUCUGAUCAGCUGAAUGGCUGCUACGCCAGUCACAUUCACAUCAAGAAGGGCACCGCGCUGUUCCCCAUUCCAGCGAACCUGCCCGACGCAGUCGUGGCACCGGCCAACUGUGCACUCGCCACCAUGGUGAAUGCUGUCGAGAAGAUCCCGCAGCAAGUGCAGGGCAUGGAAGCGCAUCCCCGGACAGCUCUGGUACAGGGUGCAGGCCUGUUAGGUGUCUACGGAGUGGCCCUGCUCAAAGAUCGGGGCUUUGCCACAGUCUACUGCUCCGACGUUCAUCAAGGCAGACUCGAGACCGUGCAGAAGUUCGGUGCUACGCCGAUCUUGUCUGGUGCAGGUAAUUCAAGUAUUGAACCCGGCUCAGUGGAUGCUGUCAUCGAGGUAUGUGGUCAUAAGAGUGUUCUGCAAGAAGGAUUCAGGUGCCUACGUCCCGGAGGUCAUUACGUGCUUGUUGGACUUGUCCAUCCCGACUCAGCUCUACCAAUCACUGCUGAAGAUAUCAUACGCAAAUGUGCCACAAUCACAGGCGUGCACAACUACAACUACGAUCACCUGGGAAAGGCUGUCAAAUUCCUAUCCGAUACAGCAUCCCGCUACCCAUAUGACCUGCUAGUCAGCAAGCCGUACAAGCUGACUGAGCUGGAGUCGGCCAUCGAAGCAGCCAAAACACAGGCUUUCCAUAGGAUUGCUCUGCAACCAUGCAGCCUAAAUAUUGAAUCCCACACAUCGUGCACACAUAUUUCCAGACUUUAAGCCAAAAACUAUUAUAAAAAUCACACAGAAAACUAUGGAUCAUGGAGUCUAUUUCCAGCCCACUCACGACUCAAAGUGACCUUCUAGAUGUUGUACAUCACUUACAAAACAACUCCGUGUUGAUUAGAGCCACUGCUCAACUAUUCCAUGGUAGAGUGGGCUGCUUUGUUCUAGAAUUCAUCACAGAUCAUUGAUGAAACCUAUAGAAUGUUUCUUAUAUACUUAUUUUAAAAAAUCUUGAGAAGUUUCAAAUGAAUGAGUAUGACGUUAUGAAGAUCUAACUACACUAGUAUAAUUAUCUUACUUGCAUGCUACUACUAGUAUUGCUUACUCCAGAUAGCUACUACAUGUAGUAUUGUAUUAUAUAACCCAAUACUAGUACAAUAAUACUAGUAUUAGAUAAACCUUGUUUUCAUGCUGUCAAACUAACAACAUGUAGUAGUGUAUAUGAG